AUGAGUAAAUUGGAAGAGUUUGCGCGUAAUGAUCUUCCUCCACUAUUGGAGAAGGAAGAAAAACUAAAAUUUUAUGGUAUAUUUGUGAAAAACAUAGGAGGUUUUAAAAUAUUAGAAGGGCACAAAAAAUUGAUAAAUAUUUUGUCACAACAUUGUCAGUCCCAUCUGGAAAAUAGGAAAAGAAAAACUAGUGAUACUCUUGCUACAUCCGAAAAUAAGAAGAAAAGAACUCAGCUCCAGGGUAAAGUUUUAAAGGAAUCAACGUCACAGAAAGUGAACACUGAAAAUAGUUUACCGAAUAAUACAGAGGAUGUGACAGAAGAUGAAAACCGUGUAAUCGAACAUGUAAAAACAGUGGUAAAGAAUUAUCAAAAAAAAUUUUUGAAUACUUUAAGUGACAGUGAACAGAGAAAUGAGAGUUUAUCCGAAUUGGAUGUUUUGUCUGUGGAAAUUAAAAAUGGUUGUGCUUUUGUUAAGUGUCCAAAAUGUAAUUUUAUUUCAAAAGCACAUUCAUCAGUUGAAAAAGGAAAGCAAAAAUAUGUUCUUUCUAAUGUAAACAGGCAUUACAAAACUCAUUUCAAAAAUCAAAUACCUUCAACUUCAUCAAAGAAACGCACUGAAAAUUGCAGUAUUUUAUCGUAUUUUCGACAACAACAGGAACCAUUACAUACCGUAUCAGAUCAAGUUCCAAUAAUUGAAAUUAUAGACAUGCCGACGAAUAUUUCAGAAGAAUCACAGGACAAAAAUUCCUGUGAAAAUUUCAUUUUAGAUCCUACGUUACCGUUAUUACAUGCCGACGAUAAUUUGAAUUUAGUAAUGGAUUCGGAUGGGACGGUUUUUUGUCCAAGCAGAAUUAUGGAGGAGGCUUUACCAAGUGAUAAUUCUGCCAGUCAUGUUGAAACUCCUCGUGUUACCUAUUCUAGAAGUCAGAGAAUUCAUAAGAGCAGGUUUUUGAAUUUUGACAAUUUGCAACUUAAGCUUACUGAUUAUUAUGAAUUGUGUGAAAACAUCAAAACCCAAGUUUGCAAUAACCCAGUUUUAAAGAAUCAUUUUAAAUCGGCAAUUGAUAUAGUUUGUGAAAAUAAUCAGAGUCCAUUAUUCAACAGUGAUGACCCCUCUACAUUCAUUGAAAUGUUGAAAGAAUAUGCUUCUAAAAAUGUUUCCAAAACUACAAAAGAAAAGGCAGGAAAUCGUUAUUCUGUUGAAUUUAAGAAGUUUUGUUUGUACAUAUUCUUGACAGCAGGGCGUCUAGCUUAUGACACUAUUUAUGCAAAUCUAUUUAAUGGACUUCCUUCUGUUUCAACUUUGACUAGAACUUUAUCAGGAUUUGAAAAAUGUUUAGAAGGCGAUGUACAAUUUGGAAAGCUACAUGAAUUCUUGGUAAAACGAAAAUAUCCGCUACGCAUUUUUGUGUCCGAAGACCAAACAGCAAUAAUAAAAAGAGUUCGUUACUAUAGUCCAACUAAUCAGAUUGUUGGCUGUGUACCAGUCCUUUCACAAAAUAGUGCAUUUCCCCUUCCUAAUCAAUACGAAACAAAUUUUAACGUAAACGAACCUGUAGUAAUUCAAGAUACUAUUCACAUUGCUACUAAAUUAAAAACAAGACUGUUAAAUACUAAGGUUCAGCUGACAAUGGGAAAUUAUACUGUAAAUAAGUGUCACUUAGAAACAAUCAUUAAAUCUGUUUCCAAAGAUAAACACUUUUUAUGCUUAAGUUACUUAGAUGGAACCCACAAAAUGAAUUUCGAAUCAAUUGAUUCAUUAUCUGCACCUUGUGUAACUGACUUAUUAGAAAAUGAAGAGUUUAAAGCUACUCAACGAAUUUUAAUCAUAACCAGAUAUAUUCUGGAUUCUUUUCUGGAUAAAUCUAUUUCUAUUGAACGUAGAGUGUAUCUUUUGUGGUAUGCAACGUUCUUUUUGCGUCUUUGGAGAAGCUGGAUAAAAGAACACAAUACAUACAAUUUAAGCAAAAAUUGGCUGACAUCUAAUACUUAUGUAUGCAUAGAAUUGAAUGCACACGCACUACUAAUUUUAAUUGAAAAGUGCAGACAAAAUGAAAACCAUGAUACUCUUUUGUCAUGGCUAUACAGUAGCCAACCAUGUGAGAGAUUUUUUAGGCAGACAAGAUCUAUGACAUCUACUUAUGAAACGAAGGUUAAUUUUGAUAUGCUAGACAUAUUGCGAAGAAAACAUCGAAUUCAAGCUCUUAAUGACAUAGUUAGUGACUCAGAAAAGUUUGUUUUUCCCAGGGAAAAAAAUAGCAGAUUUGGGAGAAAAGAUCUAAAUAGAUGUGAGUUCGACAUUACCAUUCCAUCGGUUGUCGUUUUAAGAAAUUCCAUCGAUAAGGCCAGACAAGAUGUUAUAAAUGACGCCAAGGAAUUACAAAUGAUUCUCCCAAAAAAUCUAGAAAAAGCAGCCCUAGAAGAAGUUUCGAUCACUCACAUUGAUAGUCUGGCGACUGAGAAUAUCCACGAAACUCAACUUGAAAGUAACGAAAUAAACGAAGAUGUUAAUGAUAUAGAUAAUGAAAUGAGCAUUUUUGAUGGAUUGGAAGAUCUUAAUAUAAAGGAUUUUCGACAUUACGACACAAACAGUGAUUCUGAUACCUCAUUUUUAAACAUAAUUGUGAACAACAAAAAAAUGAAGGUAAAAAAAAUCAACUCUUUGUUGGUUAUUUUCAACUAAAGAGGGGCGCUUGUCAACUGACAGACUACUUCGCGUAAAAGGUACAUACUCAGCAGUAGUAAAUAACAAAAAUAUCAAUGACAUUUUAAUUAGGAACGAACAAUAUUACGCAGUACUUUAUGAGUCGUGGUACAUAGGUCGGAUUAUUCAAAUAAUUGAUGGAACCACUAGUCAAAUUAAAUUUUUUAAAUCUGAACUAGAAGAAUAUUUAUGGCCUAAAAAAGACGACAUUCAAAUUGUUAAAAAUAAAUUCAUUUUUUACGGACCCAUCAAUCUAAUUGGAUCUGGUCCAUUUAAACUAAACACAAAUGAUAAAUUAAAUAUUGAUAAAAUUUGUAAACGUCUAAAAAAACACUUUUAUAAAAUUUUUAAAUAAAAAACCUCCAAUAUUUAUUUACUUGAUUUAUUUACCUGUACCUAUUUGUUCAUUUAGGCAUAUUAAAGAUAUCUAAUAAUGGAG